UCUCCUGCUGAGUUAGUGGGUCGUCUUAUCAGGGGAAGAAGAUUAAAUUAUUAAUCAAUAAUGGGUCCACGGCGUCUAAAUCAGGUUUAUUUAAUCAAGCCAAAUACUUUAUUCGGGGAAACAACAACAAGCCUUGGAGAUCGAGGGAAAUCCUCAGGGAGGACUUGAAGUUGAAGCAGGAACAAGAAAUGGAAGUACAAGAGCCACAGAAAUCAAGGGUUGUGGUGAUUGAUUCUCCGCAAUCUUGGGAGUUCUAUGUCGCUCAGGCCACUAAUCAGAAUUGCCCUGUUAUUGUGCACUUCACUGCUUCAUGGUGCAUGCCGUCGGUGGCUAUGAAUCCUUUUUUUGAAGAAAUGUCUUCAGGCUAUCAAGAUGCUCUUUUUCUGACUGUUGAUGUUGAUGAAGUCAAGGAUGUAGCCACUAAAUUGGAGAUAAAAGCCAUGCCAACAUUUGUGCUUUUGAAAGAUGGGACUGUGGUGGAUAAGAUCAUUGGUGCCAACCCAGAAGAGAUCAAGAAAAGGAUAGAUGGGUUUGUCCAGUCCAUUCGUGUUUCAGUUGCGUAGUUAGGUUUGUUACUUUUGUAAUCUAUAAGAUAUAUGCUUGCUGUCCUUUUGGACUAGUCCUUACGGGAAUUUCAGGUGGAAGGCUUUUGUGAUGAUACUGUUUGUGUUGAAUGAUGCAAGUUCAAAUGUUAUAGUCUCAGCUUAAUAUUUCACUUCUUUAGUUAGUGUCUCUUGUUUAUCUGUCAGAUCAAACUUUCAUAGAAUUUGUAAAACAUACUGCAGCUAAACGUGAUUGUUUAAAAUUAUAAUGAAAUCAAUCAAAACACAGACUAAGACAA